AUAGUCUACAGGAGGACAGAGUCGGAUGAUUUUGCUUAGUGUUAGUGAUCUGAACAGACAUUCAGAGACUAAAACAAUGUUAGAGAUGCCUGCAGUGAAGUGUUGAGAAAUACCAGGUUCUACUGUAUCCAAUUACCAUAUUAAAACACAUCUAACUGAACAAUUAAUCUAAAAAAUAGUCGAGAUUACAAUUACAGCUGUCGCAAUUAUAUAACUGUAAAAAGUGGCAAUUACAGCAUUCCACUUACCCCUACUGUACCCCCAUUGCACCAAAAUGUCUUAUUUGCAACAUAUUUUUGGACCGUUGUGUGCAUGAAUGCAGAGGCAAAUCUGACACACUUAAAUUAGUCUAAAGGCAUAUCAGUAAUGCUUACUAUCGUAAGGUCAAAUAUUCUUGCUGAUAGCUCCGCGCACAAUAUGUAUGUGGCAGGGAGGAGGGCGGGGCUGGGUCGUGAUGCUGCACACCCGGCCUCUAAUCAGGCUAAUCAAGCCCUCGAGAGGGAUAAAGGCCACCGGAUGCGGCAGUUCCAGAGAGAGAGAGUUACGUGCAGCUGCCCGGCAUGUGUUUGUGUUUGUCUUUAUAAGUUGAUUAUUAAAUGAUUAUUUAUGUUGUUAAGCCGGUUCUUGCCUCCUCCUUUCCACUGAACUACGUUACAUUGGUGCCGAAACCCGGGAAGGAGGAGGGAUGCGCUGUCGUGGAGUCCUCGCCACUGCCAUCCACACAAAGGAGCAACCGCAGCCAUCCACCGGGGGAUGGAGGAGUUGCUGCCGACUGCCUGGACACGGAGGAACGGGCACCUUAUACGAGGGCAGGAGGGGCUCACUGCCGGCCACCUGGAGCGGUGGAGCUGCUGCCAGGGGCGGAGGAGUUCCCUACCGGCCGCCAAAACGUGGCGGGGCGUUCCGUCCGCCAGGGGUCGGAGGACUCGCUCCGGUCCAGAGGGUGGAGUGGUCGAAGACCAGAAAACGGCGUGUCAGAGAACCGGCGAGUCCGAAGAGGCGGGGAUGACCUGCCGGCAGGUAGGGCCGGGAAGGCACGCCCCCCCCCGGAAAGGGAGGGGGGAUGUAUGUCAUGCCGGGGGCUCCCCGGCCUGAAGGAAAGGAGGGAGGAGGGAGGAGUGAGGCAGGAAGGAAGGCGGGGCCGGGUCGUGAUGCUGCACACCCGGCCUCUAAUCAGGCUAAUCAAGCCCUCGAGAGGGAUAAAGGCCACUGGAGGCAGCAGUUCCGGAGAGAGAGAGUUACGGGCAGCUGCCCGGCAUGUGUUUGUGAUUGUCUUUUUAAGUUGAUUAUUAAAUGAUUAUUUAUGUUGUUAAGCCGGUUCUUGCCUCCUCCAUUCCACUGAACUGCGUUGCAAUGUAUAAAGCAAAUUUUGUCAUCAGCGCAGAUUUUCUUGACUCACGCACACAGUCCUCGUUUGCGCAUGCGCUGCCCAUUGUCUGUACUAAAAGAGUGUCACAAAGCAGUUGUAGUGCACAUGCACUGAACACGUUCCUAUUCGUUCACAGUCAGAAAAGUAUAUUGAU